AUGGGGCCCGUCCUGGUCCUGCUCCACUCCUGCUCGCGCAGAAGGCGCCCUGGCAAUCAGCCAAUCGGGGCGGAGCAGGACGUGACGCAGGUUCUCGCGCAAGGAAGCCUCGGGACUGGCGCGCCAAAUUUCAAAGGACUUCCUCCUGGGAGGAAAGACGGCGAAAAGCUGCACCGACGCCCGGCGAACAACGGCGAUAAAAUACUGCAAAAGCACCAGAGGCUUAGUGGUGGCAGACAAUCAGACGCUUCAGUCAUGCUGUCCGGGGUGCAGCCGUGCUUCCAGCUGCUUCGGAUCGGUUCAUCGGCCGCCGACUCUGCGCGGGACCUGUACACGUUCAGGCCUGCGCUGAGCCACUCUGUGUUCAGGCUGGGGCGGGCGGCAGAGCUGUGCGACGUCACGCUGGACUCUGCGUCGGUGUCAAGAAUCCACGCUGAGCUGCACGCAGAGAAGGAGGCGGGCGAAGGUGAUGUGACGCCGCAGGAGGAGGGCUGGAGGGUCCACAUCAAGGACAGGAGCAGUCAUGGCACCUGGGUCAACGAGGUCCGCCUCCAGCCGGGCGUCCAGUGGGAGCUCUCAGAUGGCGACACGCUGACCUUCGGUGGCCAGUCGGCUCCAGGGAGCCCCGAGUUCUAUUUCCUCUUCCAGAAGGUCAAAGUUCGCCCGCUUGACUUCGAUGCCAUCACGAUUCCAAAGGCCGGCACCUUCUCCUCCGACUUACAGAACCGCAUCAGAACUAACCUGGACCGCAAGGAGGCCGCCAACCUGGACCUGUCCAAGCUGUCCAUCAACCGCGCCACCGUCAUCCUCAACUCCAUCGGCAGUCUGAGCAAAAUGAAGGGCAGCGCCUGGACCUUUAAGAGGAGCCACAGCCAUGAGGGGACCGCAUCGGACCCCGGCUCCUCCUCUUCGCCUCCUCUGGCCGUGGGCUUAUCCGCUCUUCUUCCGCCAUCCACGCCUCCAUCUUUCUCCUCCGCAGUCUCAGUGCCUUCUGCAAAGUCCAUCCAGCCAACCUCCAGGAGCAGGAGGAAGUCGGCUCACACGGUGCUCCUCGAGGACGACAGCUCAGACGAGCCCAGAAGUCGAGGAGCUCCAGCAGGAGUUGUGGAGGACGGACAGAGAUCGAGGGGGAAGAAGAGGCGACGGCUCUACAAGUCUGAGUCGGAGAGUUUCAGCUCUCCUGCUCCUCUGCCGCUGCAGCCCAAAACCCACAACGACGUCCGGCGGCCGCUCGAGGCCAAGCCCUUCCCCGUCGGCAUCCGGACCAUCGGCAGCUUCCACGGCGCCAUGACGAACAGCAGACUCAACCACCACCUCCUCCAGGCGUCAUUCACCAACCCGGCAGUCCACAAACAGGAAGUGCAGACGAUGCACCGGGUCCAGACGGUGAUGCAUGGCAACAUCGCAGCUUUCCGCCAACAGAAACCCGCCCACUGUUCUCCAAUAGCGCAGAGAGGCAGGCGGAGGGCGAACAGCUCGCCGGUUUUCUCCCCUCUGGUGGUCGGGGGGGAGAACUACAGCCUUGCCUCGCCGUCAGUGAGGAUCCGCACAGAGGAGAGAGGCAGGAUGCAGUUCAACAGAUUUCACCAUCAGACGAGUAAGCGACGAGGCCGCCCCAGAAAACACCCUCUCCCUCCCCGGCCCUCCCUGCCGUCUCCAUCCUCCUCAUCUUCCUCCUCCACCUCUUCUGCCUCCUCAUCCUCUGGCUCCUCCUCUUCCUCCUCCGAGGACGAUGACGACGACGAUGAGGAGGAAGAAGAGGAGGUGAUGGGCGGGGCCGUGGAGCCAUGCGCGGCGCCACGGUGUCGGCUGCCGCAGCAGGACACGGUGCAGUGGAUCCAGUGUGACGUGUGCGACGCCUGGUACCACAUAGACUGUCUGCACGUCGACCGCAAGAAGCUCCUGAAGGACCCCAACGCCGACUUCCACUGCGGAUGUCGUUGAUACGAGCGAACCCAAGUUUGUGGCGAUGAAAGGCUCCAGUUUAGACUUUGAAGUUAGCACAUUUUUCCCCUCAGAUGUUAUUUCCUGCAGCCACACUUGUCAAUGCUACUCCCCGUGGCUCCUCCACUCAGGCGCGCAGUGCUUUUCUUUCACCUCAACAGCAGCUGUGCGAGAGCAGGACAAGAGCCUCCUUCGAUUUUUAAAUCCCGACCUAUCCGAGUUUGAAGAUUCGUGACCCAACAGUCACACAGCUGCUUCACAAACAUGCCUGCUCCGUGUCGGCCCUCUGCAGAAGGAGGCAAAACUGUAAUGAAAUGUCUCAGGUUGGAUUUCAUUAUGGCUUUGACUGCCUGGAGAGGUGCGGUCAGGGCGGGAAAACAUGAUGAAAUGUUUCUGAGUACACUCCCACUGUGGCUGUUGCUGACCAAGGGGCAGGCAACAUUCAGGAAGAUUAAUGAAAUGUUUCAGAUCAGGCUGCCACAGCAGGAGUCCAUACAGGGCGAUUAAACUCUGUCAGAUGUCUCGGUGCAGCCGGCUUCACUAUUUUAUCGAGUAGGCCGAGGCAGAAUAGGACCUUCAGUGAACAUUAUGGGGUUCGAGUGGCCAAGAGAGUUUCAACACUCUUCUUCCUUGAAGUAAACAGCGCUGGGCUUGCGGUUCCCACCUGUGUGAUAAUAAAACUCGAUGAAAUGUCUCAGUGCAGCUUCCCUGGGUGGCAGCAGCUGUCUAGGAGUGGGCGUGCGAUGUUUCAAGACAAUUAAAUGCCGGGAAAUGUGUCAGCAGACUUUCAUUGUAGCUGCUGAUGAGAGGUGCUUGAGGGAUGAUAAUCAAAUAUUUCAAGGCACUUCAGCACGAGCAGCUGCUGGAUUUUUUGGGGGAAUGUGUGCGGCGGGACUGUUUUUAUAAGACGUCUGAGUGCGGGCUGACAGUGCGGCUGCUGCUGCUGCUUUGGGAGGACUCAUUACCAUUGAAAUGUCAUAAAAUAUCAUCCGCUGAUGGAACGGGAUAAAUAGAUUCAGAAAAUUGCGUCUCUGACUGGUGGGUUUAGACAGGAUGAUUUUAAAGUCUUCUUUUAUAAUCAAUAUCCACCUUUAAGAGUCUCUUCACACUACUGAACUCUUGGGCCAAAGAGGACUAUUUUGUCCUGCCGAACAGCAAUCUACACAUAUCUUUGCUCAGGUGCUGCUUGAGUUGGAAUAAAAUCAAAAGUAUAAAGCUCAAAAUUCUUCUCUUAAGCACCUUUCUAUUAUUUAAUUCAAAGUAUUUACAUUGGUUUGCUCACCCAGGGGAAAAAACAGUCUUCAAAACAGCAUUUAUGAGCAGUUUACCCACUGCGCCACUUUUAUUACCCCUGUAAUAGAUCUGUCGGAGCUGUUCAGCUAAUGGUAGUGUUCAGGAUAUAGUUUGUUUGGGUUUGUGUUGUGUAAAAAGGCAUCUGCCAGUUUUUACUUUGAUCAUACCACUUCGGCAGACCUGCAGUAUUGAAAUAAGAGA